GCAAAAAUGGAAGUUUUGGGAAAUUUGAGAAACGAAGGAGGAUACUACUUUAUGAAGCAAGGGUGUGGGAUUUAGGGUUUUGGUUCAGCCGUUUAGGGUUUUCAAUUUCUCUCAAGAAUGUCUCAGCUUUUGGGCCGAAUCGCUAAGCUGUCGACAUCAUCACCAAUUGGGAAGCAGCCGAGACUCUGUUUCAGUGAAUUGCGGGCAUUGACUACGGAGGCGACGCCGUAUCUUCUUUUUCAAGAGAUAAACGGCAGGAGGGCACCAUGUGGUAAUGAAAUGUUGGUGGACAUGAACUUGUACGAUCCGAGGAAGGACGAAAGAGUGAAGAUCCCGGACCAGACUCUGUCGAUGGAGCUCCUCUAUUCGGUGAGGAUAGGAUCUUCGAGUGGAUGGGUGGCAGGGAAGAACAUACACGACUCCACAGUGCGUCUCACAAAUAUGUUCAACCCUUGUGCCUCUGUUUCGUCACGCAAGGUUAUCUCCCUGCCUCCAUGGGAUGAUGAAAGUAGAGGUCGAGCUGUUUCCAGUAUCUCUCUGUCAGCCUCUCCAGACCAGCAAGGCUGCGUAGUGGCCGCCAAGACGCCUAGCUCAUCACUCAGUCUGUGUCGGCCUGGUGACUCGGAGUGGACGCAUGUCCGUGUCCCGUUUUAUGCCUCGGAGAUGACGUAUUCGGCGAGAGACCGGAAAUUCUAUCUCCACAUGUUGGCGAGAGAGCAAGUGUAUGAUGGUCCUAUUGAUCUCAUCGACACUAGCUCCGGCUUCCCUCAGGUGAGUCUGUACCAGAGAUUCCCUUUAUCUGACAUCCCCAAGAGUAGACAAGAUCAGGUUAACUCAACUUACAAGACUCAACACCAGGUCGAGUCUCCUUCUGGCGACUCCUUCAUCGUUUACUGGUGUAACGAGUUCUUGAACAGAGAAGAAAUGGAGUCUAUACGCGCCAAGGAACCCACUGACAGGAUCUUCCACAAGCUUAGGGGCUUUUUGGUGUUUAGGCAAGACAAUGAGCAAAGGAUCGCUUCUUACACUGAAGACAUUGGCGAUCUCUGCAUCUUCCUAAGCAAUAGUGAGGCCUUCUGCGUCUCUGCAACCGACUAUCCAGGACUUCACCCCAAUUCUGUCUACUAUGCAAGCUCUCGUACGGGGUUCGGUUUCUACGACCUCUCCUCCAACACUCUCCACGACGUCAUCGAUGAGGCCCCUUUCUCCAUGUACUACCACUGGCUUGCCCCUCUCCAGUGAAUAAAAGCUUAAUGGCUUUAUAACUGUGUAACUUUUAAGUGUUGUUUGUAAUUUGCAUUAUGCCUUGUUCCUCUAUCUUACUAUUUCGGAGUUUGUGUGUUCUUUCUUAAUUUUUAACUUAUGACAC